GACUGUCCCACACAAAGGGACAUAUUAGGGACAUGGGGGGAAGAAAACCUACAGGUGUACUUGUUCUUCACAUUGCAUGCCUCCUUUGUGGUGCUGCCCUUUGUUUGCCCACACCAAAGGUAUCAGAUUAUGAUGUGGACGGUGGACGGGACCUUGACAUUUUUGACAUCAAUGAAGAGGCAGGGUUGAAUCUUGUAGAGGGGGACAUUGUGCUCGAUGAGAGGCAAACUCGAAAUUCCAUAAUAGGGGAUGAGUACAGGUGGCCAAAGACGAUCCCAUACUACAUGGAGGAUGACUUAGAGAUCAAUGCAAAAGGUGUGAUUCUGAAGGCCUUUGAGCAGUACCGGCUCAAGACCUGCAUUGACUUCAAGCCUUGGAGCGGAGAAGCAAAUUACAUUUCCAUUUUUAAAGGGGGCGGAUGUUUCUCCUCUGUGGGAAACCGGCGAGUUGGGAAGCAGAGAUUGUCCAUAGGGAGAAACUGCGACCGCAUUGCCACCAUUGAACAUGAGUUCCUUCACGCUCUGGGUUUUUGGCAUGAGCAGUCCAGGGCAGAUCGUGAUGAUUAUGUCAACAUCAUGUGGGAUCGCAUCUCAGAUGGUAAAGAACACAACUUUAACACCUACAAUGACACCACCUCCAGCUCGCUGGGCGUACCCUACGACUACGGCUCCAUGAUGCACUACAGUAAAAACGCCUUUCGCAACGGCACCGAGCCCACCAUCGUCACCAAGAUCCCUGCUUUCAGUGAUGUCAUCGGCCAGCGUAUGGAGUUCAGUGACAGUGACCUGCUUAAGCUGCACCGCCUCUACAACUGCAGCCAGGCCUCCACCUUCCUGGACUCAUGUGACUUUGAACGUGAGAACAUCUGUGGUAUGGUCCAGGGACAAGGAGACAAAGCAGACUGGGUCAGGGUUGCCAAAGCUGCUGGAGGGCCUGACACUGACUACUCCAACAUGGGCAAAUGCACUGGUUCGGGAUAUUUCAUGCACUUCAGUACUGGCCCAGCCAACACUGGGGAUACAGCUCUUCUUGAAAGCAGGCUCCUUUACCCCAAAAGAGGUUACCAGUGUCUGCAGUUCUUCUACUACAACAGCGCCGACCCCAAGGACACACUGAAGAUCUAUGUCCGAGAGUAUGACAAAGCUAACCCCAACGGAACUCUGCGCUUCAUAAAGACCAUAGAUGGAUCCCCUCAGGAUCUGUGGCAGCUGCACCACGUGAGUCUAGAUGUCAAAACAAAAUUCCGCGUCGUCUUUCAAGGGACAAAGCAGGGCUCUGGGAACCCGGCAGGGGGAUUGUCACUGGAUGACAUCAACCUUUCUGAGACCACCUGCCCAGAGUUUAUAUGGCGCGUGAAGAACUUCAGACAGGUUAUGGAAACCACCCCAACAAACACUUCUAUCUUCAGCCCCCCAUUCACCUCUAAAGAGGGUUACACUUUCCAAAUGCAGCUGUACCCCAGCGGAAAGGCAGGCUACCCUGGUGAGUUGUCGGCCUAUGCUCAUCUGGUGGCCCGUGAGGGGGACACCGGGCAGAAAUGGCCCUGCCCCUGGAAACAGAUAACCAUGAUGCUGAUGGACCAGCACCCACACAUCCAAAAGCGCAUGUCUAACCAGCGCAGUGUAACCACUGACCCGAACAUGAAGGCAACAGAUUCUAGCCAAUUUUUCUGGGAUGACCCUCGCAAGGUGGGUUUUGAAGUCACACAUACAGAUGGGUCCAAGUAUUUCCGAGGGCCAGGCACCGGAACUCCAGUGUAUCUCACCCAGCUCAGAGCCAAGAGCAGAGAUUUUAUCAAGGGAGGAGACGCCAUCUUUCUCCUCACAAUGGAGGAUGUGUCUCAUCUGACUGUGACCCAGCCUCAGCCCUCCACAACUGUACCACCCUCUAAUAGCACCACAGAACCCUCCGUACCACCCACUAAUAGCACCACAGCACCCUCCGUACCACCCACUAAUAGCACCACAGCACCCUCCGUACCACCCACUAAUAGCACCACAGCACCCUCCGAUCCCUGCUUCAAUGUGGAAUGUCUGAACGAUGGAGUCUGUGUGGUGGACGAGGGGAAAGUUAUGUGCAGGUGUGCGGUGGGUGAUGACUGGUGGUACUACGGGGACAACUGUCAGUACAAGGGCUCCGUCAUGGAUAAAACCAACCUUGCACUUGCCUCUUCUCUGUCUGUACUGGGAGUCAUGCUGGUGGUUACUUUGGUCAGUGUCAUCUGUGUGAAGAAGAAGUACAAGAAACACAGUGAUGGCAACAGUGUUGUCAUGGCAAACAUUUAUAAUACAGAAAAAUUGUAGAGGGAGAUCCGGGACUCUCCUGUGACAACUCUGUUAGGAGAAGAAAACAGCAACAAAAAAAGAAGACUUUAAAUAAAAUGAAUCAAUAUUUUUCUGCUUAAUGUUUGUGCUAAAUAUCUUGUAGAGCAGGCUUUGGAUUUAUAGAUUAAACUCCAGUGCUAAAAUGUAAGACAUAACAUAUUAUAGAGCAUAAUAUAAUAUGAGAUUG